GCUGCGCGUGCCGGCAUGGCGGGAGGGUUCCUCAUGGAGAUCAGGCGGGGGACGCAGAGCGCGUUGCUGGUUAUCCGCGCGUCGGCGGAGGAUCGAGGCACGCCGGUGGAGGUGUCGGUGUCAGCGGAUUCCCUGGAAGUGCGGAGCGGCGGGAGCCGCGCCCCGGCAGCGCUGCCGGCAGGGGUCAGGCUGGCGCCGUCCCUCGUGCCGCGGGCUUCCGCCGCCUGCUCGGGAGGACUGCACGCUGCGCAUGCCGCCUGCGGCCGCCCUCCGCCCCCUGCCGGAUUAAUAUGUUUGCUUUUAUUAAUAGAUCUGGCUUUUACUUUGAGGGAAAGCCUGAAACCCCACAAGAAAUACGUCUUUUACUGUCAGUCCUGUGGUGACAUCAUAGUAAAAGACCGGAAAUUUCUUAGAGUUCUUCCUCUACCAAGUGAAAACUGGAAUGAUUUAGUUGAAGAGUGGUGUUGUCACCCUAACCCCUUUGCCAGAAGCGCUUUGCACCCUCAGCAUGAUGACUGUUUUCUUGGAGACACUUUUUUUAUGUUGAAUUCAGGAAAUGAAUCACAUGUGCCUGAAUCUCUCAUGUGCUGCUCAGAGACUGGACACCAUGCUUCGCAGAGUGGCUUCAACUUGAAAUCAAAGGAAAAUACCAGAGUAAUUUGUAAGCGCUGCAAGAAAAUGCUGGGAGAAACAAUAUCGUCAGAUACCAUUAAAUAUUAUGUCACCGAGGUGAUUAUUCAACCAUCUGAGGGAAGUUUCAGCCCAAUACCAAGGUCUCAAUUUGUGCAGAGCAUGGUUGCUCAGUGUCUUUCGGAAUUAUCCUCUGCUAAAAGCACAUUUAGAUUCACUGUAAAAGGGGAUAAUGGAAAAACCUAUAUUCUGAUAUGGCUUUUAAAUUCUGACACAUUGCUGGUGGAGUCUUUAGGAAGUUCCUCCUCUCUCAGUGUUCUUACACUGUUUGGAGAUAUUUUCAUGCCUAGCUCUGGACCAGUGGGGACCUGGAAUGCUGUCAAAGUCCUUUACCAGCCAUGCAUUAAAUGCAGAAAUAAGGACCUUGCUGAUGCAUGGGAAAAUGAUAUGGGAGUUCAUCCUUUAAAGUUUCCAUCAGAAACAUGUUUGGAAUUACUGCUAAUGCUGGGUUUGAGCACCGCAUCUCUUCCACCUUCGCUUCGAUGCAUGAACUCUUUUCAGUUGCAUGAAAUUGAAAGAAGAUUGCGAUUAAGAACUUCUGAGCCAUUUCAAAAUUUCAUUUCAAAUAGCUCUUGAUAGUCUUUGGAGCUGCACCCAGCGCCACUGGUAGCUUUCAGCACACUGUCUGCUUUGGUUGAGAAAUGAAGGCAGUGUUUAAGAAAAAACAAUGUUCCUUCUACCAUCGCAGUAAGAAUUCCUGCCAAUGUCUCUGAAAGGAAAACUCAUUUGCUUUCAAAAAAAUGAGGAAAACAGAGGUUUGUCGUAGAAUGCCUGUUCUCUGUCAUUUAAGUUGUCAUUUAAAGUCUCUUAAUAAAGUACAGAAAGCUUGCUAAAGGCAACAAGUUUAG